AUGUCUGCUAUUAAAGAAUUCCAAUACAAAGAACACCCAGAAACUUUAGUUUUAUUUGAUGUCGAUGGCACAUUAACACCAGCUAGAUUGACUGUCUCUGAUGAAGUCAGAGAAGCUUUAGUUAAAUUAAGAAAGAAGGUUUGUAUUGGUUUCGUUGGUGGUAGUGAUUUAAGUAAACAAGUGGAGCAAUUAGGUCCAAAUGUUUUGCAAGAUUUUGACUACUGUUUCAGUGAGAAUGGUUUAACUGCUUACAGAUUAGGCCACAAAAUGGCUUCUCAAUCUUUUAUUAACUGGCUUGGUGAAGAAAAAUACAACAAAUUAGCCAAAUUUAUGUUAAGAUACUUAAGUGACAUAGAUUUACCAGUUAGAAGAGGUACUUUUAUUGAAUUUAGAAAUGGUAUGGUUAAUGUUUCACCAAUUGGUAGAAAUGCCAGCACACAAGAACGUUGUGAUUAUGAAAAAUUUGACAAGGCACACAAAAUCAGAGAAAAGAUGGUUGAAGCUUUGAAGAAGGAGUUCCCGGAUUAUGGUUUAACUUUCUCCAUUGGUGGUCAAAUUUCAUUUGAUGUUUUCCCAACAGGUUGGGAUAAGACUUAUUGUUUGCAACAUGUCGCUAAAGAUGGUUUCAAAACAAUACACUUCUUCGGUGAUAAAACCUUCAAAGGUGGCAAUGACUAUGAAAUCUAUGAAGAUCCAAGAACCAUUGGCCAUGCCGUUAACAGUCCAGUUGACACCGUUAGAAUUUUGAACGAAUUGUUUGACUUGAAAUAA